CCGUAUUUAGAGGUUGAUGAGGAAGGAUAGGUGUUGCCAUAACAGACUGAUAGAGGUGAGGAGGGUUACACAGGAGAGACAAGCCGGUUCAGAGCGACUGGGUUCAUCGGAGAGAAGGAAGGAGAAGACACACAGGGAUACAGACAGAAAACCCAGCAACCCGUUCCAACAAACUCCUACCUGGCUAUGACUGACGUCCUCCCCGGCAGCCAUGCCAGAGCUCCAGAGCCAGAGCUCCGCCUGGUCCUCCUCGGGACCAUCGGCUGUGGCAAGACCCUGUCAGGAGACACCCUCCUGGGCCAGUCCUCCUCCGGCCCUCCUUCCUCCGCUGGUUCUUCCCCCAGGCUUUGCCAGCUGAGGCCUGGGGCCUCCGAGGGCCGGAGGUUGACUGUGGUGGAGGCCCCUCGCUGGUACUGGAGCGGGGGCCACAUGGAGGCUGGCGUGAGGAAGGAGACAGAGAGGGCACUUGAGCUGGCUGCCCCGGGGCCACACGCCUUCCUGCUGCUGGUUCCUGUCGGCCAGUUCACCGAGGUGGAGCACAGAGUGCCCGCUGAGCUGGAGGAGGUGUUUGGGGAGGGGGUGUUGAAACACACCCUGGUGCUGUUCACCUGUGGAGACUACCUGAUGGGCCAGGGGGUGGGGCAGUACCUGGAGGGAGAGGACCCUGGGCUCAGGGAGGUGAUUGACAGGUGUGGGGGCCAAUACCACGUCCUCAACAACCGCCGACCGCAGGACAGGGAGCAGGUCAGAGAGCUGCUGGAGAAGGUGGAGAACAUGGUACAAAAGAACAGAGGAUGCUACAUACGACAAAACACCCUGCAGAGAGAGAUGGAAGAACAAGCGAGGGGGAGAGAGAGGGAACUGAAGGAGAAGGUGGAAGAACAAGCGAGGGAGAGAGAGAGAGAACUGAAGGAGAAGGUGGAAGAACAAGCGAGGGGGAGAGAGAGGGAACUGAAGGAGAAGGUGGAAGAACAAGCGAGGGGGAGAGAGAGGGAACUGAAGGAGAAGGUGGAAGAACAAGCGAGGGGGAGAGAGAGGGAACUGAAGGAGAAGGUGGAAGAACAAGCGAGGGAGAGAGAGAGGGAACUGAAGGAGAAGGUGGAAGAACAAGCGAGGGAGAGAGAGAGAGAACUGAAGGAGAAGGUGGAAGAACAAGCGAGGGGGAGAGAGAGGGAACUGAAGAGGUACAAAGUGAAGGAGGAGAAAGAGACUGUGCUGGAAUCUAGACACGUCACAAACACAGAGACACGCAGAUAUUGUGGAAGCCAGAAAAGUGAGGUUCCACCUAACUCUGCUAUAGAGAGGAGAAGAGAGGAAGAGAGGGAAGAGAUCAAGCGAGGGGAAGAGAGUGAGGAGAUGGAAAACUGGAAGGAAGAGAUGGAGAAGAUAAAGAAAGAGAGGGAUGAGAUAAUGAAGAGCAGGAAAGAGAAGGAAGAGACGGAGAGAAAAAUAGAGGAAGAGUGGGAGAAGAGAAGAAAAGAUGAGAUGGAGAAGAGAUGGAAGAGAAGGGGGAGAGAGAGGGAACUGAAGGAGAAGGUGGAAGAACAAGCGAGGGGGAGAGAGAGGGAACUGAAGGAGAAGGUGGAAGAACAAGCGAGGGGGAGAGAGAGAGAACUGAAGGAGAAGGUGGAAGAACAAGCAAGGGGGAGAGAGAGGGAACUGAAGGAGAAGGUGGAAGAACAAGAGAGGGAGAGAGAGAGAGAACUGAAGGAGAAGGUGGAAGAACAAGCGAGGGGGAGAGAGAGGGAACUGAAGGAGAAGGUGGAAGAACAAGCGAGGGGGAGAGAGAGGGAACUGAAGGAGAAGGUGGAAGAACAAGCGAGGGAGAGAGAGAGAACUGAAGGAGAAGGUGGAAGAACAAGCAAGGGGGAGAGAGAGGGAACUGAAGGAGAAGGACUGUCAGAAGAGCAGGGCCCUCUGCCGCUGGGAGACGGGUGGCAGUGGUGGACACUCCAGACUGGUUCCGCCUCCGAGCACCCUCCCGAUGUGGUCCGUUCCCAGCUGUCAUCCUGUGUGGCCCUCUCGGCCCCUGGCCCCCACGCCUUCAUCCUCUGUGUCCCCGUAGACCAACCAGCCCAGGCAGAGCUACAGGCUCUAGGGGCCCUAGAGAAAGUGGGGGCGGGAGCGAGUAAGGUCCCCAAGCUGACGGCUGGAGGUGCGCUGCUGGGUGGGGUGGUGGGUGUGUUCUUUGGAGGGCCCAUAGGGGGAGCUAUAGGGGCCACUGCUGGAUCUGUGGUCACUGAGGGGCCCUUAGUUCACUCCUACAAGCUCUCACAGUCUCACGCAGAUGCUUAUGCUCAUCUACAAUGCCCUAGAAAAGCCAAAACCUACUUUACGGUAACAGCUGUUGGCCUGCACGGAGGGAGCCGGCCGUGGAGCGCACCACUGUUGGCCUGCACGGAGGGAGCCGUUGGCCUGCCGGAGGCCGGCCGUGGACCCGAGCACCACUGUUGGCCUGCACGGAGGGAGCCGUCAGUGGAGCGCACCACUGUUGGCCUGCACGGAGGGAGCCGUCGUGGAGAGCACCACUGUUGGCCUGCACUGAGGGAGCCGGCCGUGGAGAGCACCACAGUUGGCCUGCACGGAGGGAGCCCCUGCCGUGGAGCCGGCCGUGGAGAGCACCAGUUGGCCUGCACGGGGGAGCCUGCCGUGGAGCACUUCACUCUGGCCGUGGAGAGCACCACUGUUGGCCUGCACGGAGGGAGCCCUGCCGGAGGAGCCGACGGUGGAGCGCACCACUGUUGGCCUGCACGGAGGGAGCCGGCCGUGGAGCGCACCACUGUUGGCCUGCACGGAGGGAGCCAGGGCCAGGUUGACACGUCAGAGAUGGAGGCUAGAGGCAGAGGCGGGCCCCUGGCUUUGUCUUGGGACUGGUCGUUGAGCAAGGUGACAAGGAAGUCGAUGUACUUCAUGGCCAGUCGGAGGAUCUCAUUCUUGGAGAGCUUCUUGUCUGGAGGGUGGGUGGGGAUGAGCCUGCGGAGGUCUGAGAAGGCCCGUUGGACGUUCUGCUGGCGCCAGCGCUCCCGGCUGUUGGUGAACACACGCCGCCAGCUUCUGAGGAGGGGCCUGCUGGAUGAGGAUACACAGCAGCAGCUCUUCAUUGACGACGCAGAGAAACAUGCCCAACCUGACAACAGGUCAGAGGAGAUGCUCCAGGUGGAGAUUCCACAGGAAGUCAGGGAGGUUGUGGAGAGCCUGGUGGACAUGGCAGCAGGAAGAGACAGCACAAGGGAUAUCGUCCAAAGAGCCCUCACUGAGAUCGGGACCAAGACUGAUAGAGGUGAGGAGGGUUACACAGGAGAGACAAGCCGGUUCAGAGCGACUGGGUUCAUCGGAGAGAAGGAAGGAGAAGACACACAGGGAUACAGACAGAAAACCCAGCAACCCGUUCCAACAAACUCCUACCUGGCUAUGACUGACGUCCUCCCCGGCAGCCAUGCCAGAGCUCCAGAGCCAGAGCUCCGCCUGGUCCUCCUCGGGACCAUCGGCUGUGGCAAGACCCUGUCAGGAGACACCCUCCUGGGCCAGUCCUCCUCCGGCCCUCCUUCCUCCGCUGGUUCUUCCCCCAGGCUUUGCCAGCUGAGGCCUGGGGCCUCCGAGGGCCGGAGGUUGACUGUGGUGGAGGCCCCUCGCUGGUACUGGAGCGGGGGCCACAUGGAGGCUGGCGUGAGGAAGGAGACAGAGAGGGCACUUGAGCUGGCUGCCCCGGGGCCACACGCCUUCCUGCUGCUGGUUCCUGUCGGCCAGUUCACCGAGGUGGAGCACAGAGUGCCCGCUGAGCUGGAGGAGGUGUUUGGGGAGGGGGUGUUGAAACACACCCUGGUGCUGUUCACCUGUGGAGACUACCUGAUGGGCCAGGGGGUGGGGCAGUACCUGGAGGGAGAGGACCCUGGGCUCAGGGAGGUGAUUGACAGGUGUGGGGGACAAUACCACGUCCUCAACAACCGCCGACCGCAGGACAGGGAGCAGGUCAGGGAGCUGCUGGAGAAGGUGGAGAACAUGGUACAAAAGAACAGAGGAUGCUACAUACGACAAAACACCCUGCAGAGAGAGAUGGAAGAACAAGCGAGGGGGAGAGAGAGGGAACUGAAGGAGAAGGUGGAAGAACAAGCGAGGGGGAGAGAGAGGGAACUGAAGGAGAAGGUGGAGGAACAAGCGAGGGAGAGAGAGAGAGAACUGAAGGAGAAGGUGGAAGAACAAGCGAGGGAGAGAGAGAGAGAACUGAAGGAGAAGGUGGAAGAACAAGCGAGGGGGAGAGAGAGGGAAUUGAAGGAGAAGGUGGAAGAACAAGCGAGGGAGAGAGAGAGAGAACUGAAGGAGAAGGUGGAAGAACAAGCGAGGGGGAGAGAGAGGGAAUUGAAGGAGAAGGUGGAAGAACAAGCGAGGGAGAGAGAGAGAGAACUGAAGAGGUACAAAGUGAAGGAGGAGAAAGAGACUGUGCUGGAAUCUAGACACGUCACAAACACAGAGACACGCAGAUAUUGUGGAAGCCAGAAAAGUGAGGUUCCACCUAACUCUGCAAUAGAGAGGAGAAGAGAGGAAGAGAGGGAAGAGAUCAAGCGAGGGGAAGAGAGUGAGGAGAUGGAAAACUGGAAGGAAGAGAUGGAGAAGAUAAAGAAAGAGAGGGAUGAGAUAAUGAAGAGCAGGAAAGAGAAGGAAGAGACGGAGAGAAAAAUAGAGGAAGAGUGGGAGAAGAGAAGAAAAGAUGAGAUGGAGAAGAGAAGGAAGAGAAGGGGGAGAGAGAGGGAACUGAAGGAGAAGGUGGAAGAACAAGCGAGGGAGAGAGAGAGAGAACUGAAGGAGAAGGUGGAAGAACAAGCGAGGGGGAGAGAGAGGGAACUGAAGGAGAAGGUGGAAGAACAAGCGAGGGGGAGAGAGAGGGAACUGAAGGAGAAGGUGGAAGAACAAGCGAGGGGAGAAGAGGGAACUGAAGGAGAAGGUGGAAGAACAAGCGAGGGGGAGAGAGAGGAACUGAAGGAGAAGGUGGAAGAACAAGCGAGGGGGAGAGAGAGGGAACUGAAGGAGAAGGUGGAAGAACAAGCGAGGGAGAGAGAGAGGGAACUGAAGGAGAAGGUGGAAGAACAAGUGAGGGGGAGAGAGAGGGAACUGAAGGAGAAGGUGGAAGAACAAGCGAGGGGGAGAGAGAGGGAACUGAAGGAGAAGGUGGAAGAACAAGCGAGGGAGAGAGAGAGAGAACUGAAGGAGAAGGUGGAAGAACAAGCGAGGGGGAGAGAGAGGGAACUGAAGGAGAAGGUGGAAGAACAAGCGAGGGGGAGAGAGAGAGAACUGAAGGAGAAGGUGGAAGAACAAGCGAGGGGGAGAGAGAGGGAACUGAAGGAGAAGGUGGAAGAACAAGCGAGGGGGAGAGAGAGAGAACUGGAAUCUAGACACGUCACCAACACAGAGACACACAGAUAUUGGGGAAACAGGAAAAGAGAAGUUCCACCUAACUCUGCUAUAGAGAGGAGAAGAGAGGAAGUGAGGGAAGAGAUCAAGAGGAGAAGGGAAGAGAUGGAGAGGAAAAGAGAAGAAGAGAUUGAAAGGAGAAGGGAAGGGGGGGAAGAUAUGGAAGAGAAAGUGACUGUGAAACCCUUGGUUAACUGUCUUCAAUCAACACCAACACAACAGCAGCAGCCAAUAGAGCCCCAGAAUGGUGGUCCAGCACUGUUCACAAGGAGCCCUAGUUUCCAUCUGACUGAAGAGGGCGCUAUACUCUCACAGCUGUCCGAACUCGAAGCAAAACCAGCCCAGAAAGUUGUUAAUACCUUCUGCCACAGAAUCAACAGCAUUGGAGAGAAGACAACCACCUCCUCCUCCUCCUCCCAGUCAGAGUUGCGUGUGGUUCUGCUGGGUAGGUCAGGGUCAGGGAAGAGUGCAGCAGGUAAUAUCAUACUGGGUCGGGAGGAGUUUGUGUCUCGUCCAGACAUUACCACAGCCGUCACUCAGGACUGUCAGAAGAGCAGGGCCCUCGUCGCUGGGAGACGGGUGGCAGUGGUGGACACUCCAGACUGGUUCCGCUCCGAGCACCCUCCCGAUGUGGUCCGUUCCCAGCUGUCGUCCUGUGUGGCCCUCUCGGCCCCUGGCCCCCACGCCUUCAUCCUCUGUGUCCCCGUAGACCAACCAGCCCAGGCAGAGCUACAGGCUCUAGGGGCCCUAGAGAAAGUCUUUGGUCCCGGGGCGGUCCGGACCCACACCCUGGUCCUCUUCACUCACUCCGAUCGGUUGAAGGAGGGCGGGAAAGUGGGAGUGGAUGGAGUGGAGAAGUAUAUCUCCAGCCAGAGGAGAGAUUUGUUAGAGUUGGUUAAACGAUGUGGGGAUCGGUAUCAUGUGAUGGAGAGAGGGAGCGGAGGAGAAGAGGAGGAGGAGAGGAAGAGGAGGAGUGUGGGGGAGUUAUUGGAGAAGGUGGAGCAGACGGUGAGAGAGGGAGGAGGAGAGUGUUUCUCCUGUCCGCUCUUCCAGGAGGCGGAGGAUAGGGUGAGACAGAGACAGGAGGAGAUAGUGAGGGAGAGGAGGGGAAGAGGAGAGGAGGUGAAGAGACAAGCACUUCAUUCCUACUCCAUGCAGCCCUUGAGAGAGACAGAGGAAGAUGUGGAUGAGGAGGAGAACGAGAGAACGAGAGAGGAGGCGGAGAAGAGUGUGAGCGCCCUGGAAUUGGAAAAUCUUCCCUCGCUUUCGUCCUCUUCUGCAUGGUAUUCGUCGCUCCUUCGCUCGGUGUGGGAGAAGGUGGGUGCGGGAGCGAGUAAGGUCCCCAAGCUGACGGCUGGAGGUGCGCUGCUGGGUGGGGUGUUGGGCGUGUUCUUUGGAGGGCCCAUAGGGGGAGCUAUAGGGGCCACUGCUGGAUCUGUGGUCACUGAGGUGGGGAGAAGGAGGUUUAGCCAGACAAAGAACUCAGCAGAAGAGACAGAUGCCACAGGGAGAAUAGAAGUAGAAAUCUUGGACAAGGUGUUGAAAACAGAGUGAGAGAGUCAGAUCCACACACAUUGAUAUGGAUGUACAGUACAGCAUUUUAUGAGAGAUUAUUUGAUAGGUUUCUAUCUAUGAUAUAUAUCCACCUGUGACCGCGCAGACGUUGUAUAUAUCUGUGAUUAUAAACUGGGUUGUUCCAGCCCUGAAUGAUGAUUGGCUGACAGCUGUGGUAUAUCAGGCCAUAUACCAUGGGUAUGACAAACAUGUAUUUUUCCUGCUCUAAUUACGUUGGUAACCAGUUGAUAAUAGCAAUAAGGCACCUCGGGGGUUUGUGAUAUGUGGCCAAUAUACCAUGGCUAUAUACCACGUUGCGUCGUGCCUAAGAACAGCCCUUAGCCGUGGUAUAUUUUCCAUAUACCACACCCCCUCGGGCCUUAUUACUUAAACAUAAUGUUGGUAAUAUUGUAUAUCUGUGAACAUAAUGUUGGUAACAUUGUACAACAUAUACUGAUGUGUAAGUUGUUUUGCGGCAAAUACCGGUUCUCAUUGACUACUUCAAUGUUUUGUUGUAUUUCUUUUCCAGCUAUUACAAUUAUGACUUGUUAAAUAA